AUGUUAUUUAAAAUUGAUUGCAAAAAUAUUAAACAAAGUAAAUAGCUAACAUUGACAAAUGAAGCAAAAUAUCCAAUUUUAAUUAGGAUUAUAGAUAACAAUUCUUGUAGUAUUAUUCCUUCCUUUUCAUUAUUGAAAUUAAAUGAAAAAAAGAAAUUUUAGAUUUUGUCUAAAUUACCUUUUAAAACAGAAAGCCUUAUUAAGAUUGAAGCUAUAGAAUUUGAUGAAACCAAAAUAAAUACAUUCGUAAUUUAAUUAUCUUCUAAUUCUAAGUCUAUUCCACCAUUCUGGAGAGAAAGAAAUGAGGGUUGCUUAGAGACAUAAUCUCAAUCUCUAUCAUUGCAUUCAUAUUUAUAUGAGUCUAAUGAGUUUGUAUUUGAAAACAAAUCUCCAUCAAUGAAUUAAACAUUUAAUGAUUAAAGUCAGAUCUAAAAUAAUGCAAUUGAAAACUCAUAUGCAUAAAAUAUCUAGUAGAAUAAAUAAAAUAUAAAGGAUAAUGAUAACCAAAAUAGUUUUAAUAAAAGCAUAAAAUCUUAACAAUCUAUAUAAGUAAUAUGUACAAAUAAAAUAUCAAAUGAAAAUAAAUUUGAUCAAUCAUAUUAAUAAAAUAAGAAAAAUUCUAUAAGCAGUUUUGAAUCCUAUAAAUAUAUUUCUACAACUCAAACAUAACCAUAAAUUCUCAAAAUGCCAAAAGAUUUAAAUAAUUUCUUAGAUUAAAUUGAUUCUUCAAAUAGUCCAUUUCUUAUUUAAAUACCCUAGUCUUAAAGUCAUUCAUAAUUUAACUGUCUUGAUAAUGUUUAAUAAGAUAUGAGUAUCAGUGAAACUACUUCAAUAUAAAGAUUUCAUAAUACAAAAUAAUCAGAACCCCAAUUAAGUAAAUCACAAUUCAAUGGGAAAUCAAAGUUUAGAAUUUCGUAACAUCUUAUUAAUCAUCCAAAAUCUACAAUUUAUAAUUAACAAAAUUUAAAUAAAAAUAAGUAACUAGAGGAUUAAUUAUUAAAAUAAAUUGUAAAUUUUUAUAAUUUAUAUAGUCUGAAUUGCAAUUAAAUAAAUAAGAAUUAUAAUAAGAACUCAAAAAAUUAGAAUUCAAAAUCAUAUUCAAUUGUAAAAAUCCAAAUAAAAUUAAUCAUUAACAUUUCUAAAUAUGGCAUAUACUUUUAACAAUUGUUCUAUUUCUAUUAAUUGGAAGCUUUAUGAAAAAACUUGUUCCAUCAUUUUGA